ACAUGUCUACUGCUUAAUUAGGUUCUUUGAGCCCCAGUCUGGCUGGCAAUCUGUUUGAGGCAGUGCUCAGCCAUCCUCGAUCUGGUGAGCCUUGGCUGUUGCCCUCCAAUUCUCCAUCAAUCAUACAUGGGAGGUGACUCAGGCAAGCCAGGCGCGUCGGAGGCGGCGAGCCUCGUGUUCCGCAUCGCGACAAUGGGUCUGUCGCUGGCGUCGGCGAUCAUGACAGCGGCCUCGACGCAGUGCGUCAACGGCGGCGGCACCGUUUCCUACAGCGACUACAACUCCUUCAAGUACUCGGCGCUGGCCGACCUGCUGUCGGCGGUGCUACAGGGCGUGGCGAUCUACCUGGAGAUAGUGAAGAAGAAGAAGGCAGCCAAGGUCGUGGAGCUCAUCGACAAGCUCCUGCUGGCGCUCACGUCCACGUCGGCGUCACUACUCUUCGCCGUCGACGACAUCACCUCCUGCGGCGUCGGGCGGCAGCGCAGCAGCAGCCGCGUCUGCGCCCAAGCCGGCAGGUUCUGCGGGCAGAUACGAGCGUCGUCGGCUUUCUCCCUCGCCGCCACCUCUUCCGUCUCGGUCUCCAUCUAUGUCAGGCAUGCCCCUCUAAGUAUUACAAUGAUCAAGCCAAAGGCUCAGCCCACAGUCAUAGAAAUUAGUCCAACGAUCACACCACCCCCAGUCGUGGAAAUUAGUCCAAAGCCAGAUGAAGAAAAAAAAAAGAAAGAAAGUAUCACGUCAAAGGCUCCGUCCGAAAUUUCAACGCCCACUCCGCCUGCUACCGAAAAGAAAAAGUGCGAAGGAGGAGAGAAAUGCAUUUGCACACAAAUUACGAAGAAACCGCCGCCGGUGAUUCCACGGCCGUGUUGCGGAUGCCCGUGGCUCACGACGAUCCCCCACAGCUGCGAGAACCACGACUGGGCGAUGACUGGGCAACAGCCAUGUGUACAUGUACUAUAUCCAAGCGUUCCUACUCGGCAAGCAACCCAACCACAUGGAAUGUACUAUUCAUAUAUGUGAGCCGCAAAGGCUAGGGUUUUACAGAUCAUCUUGAUCUUGAUGUGCAAGGGAAGCCGGAUAUGUUUUAUCUCUA